AUGACAUCGGCCUCUCCUCCAACUCAAGCAAUAGAAGAAGCAAUUAGAAAGUCUUCACAAAAAUCAUCUUCUCUUUCAAUACAUGCAAGAGAAGAGACAAAUGAAAAAUAUUCAUUGAAACCAUCACCGCUGUUGUCUAAGGUGAAAUCUUUAGACAUACCAUCACUAAGACCGAUAUUGAUGGAGAAUGAACAUUUUACAAGUCGUGUAUCUGUAGCCUACAGGAUACAAGUGUUGAGGAAUAUACGAUCACUACUUUGUUAUGAAGAUUUGGAAGCAUUUACAGCUUCUUGUUUUGGUCAUCUUCUUAAACUAAUCGAUCUAGCGAAGAGUAGUGGGCAGUUGAUACAUUUUCUUUUACAGAGGCGGGUACAAACUAAUAAAGAAAAUGAGUUAUGGUUUGAUAUUGAUAGUCAGCCUGUUAGGUUUUCAAUGCACGAGUUUGCAUUGAUUAGUGGCUUUAAUUGCGGAAAAUCCAAUGACCCAAACUUGAGUAGUCUAAGAAAGGGUAAUAGGCUUAAAAAAGAGUAUUUUAGGGACAUAGGACACAUUACUCUUAAAGAUUUGGAAACUAUGUUUGUGGAUAUGAGUGAAGAAAAUCUAGUAGGGGAGUUGAAAAAAAAAGAAGAAAUACAUAAAGAAAAAUCGGGAUCAUUUGAGACUUGCUUUGCUUUAUUGUUUGGAAGGAAUGGUUUGAAGAAAAAGUCUGUUAAAUACCAAAAUAAGGUUGGUGGGAAAAAAAGCAAAGAAUCAUACAAAUUAUAUGGUUUUCCUUAUAUUUUUCAGGUUUGGAUUUAUGAAGCAAUACUUUUACUUGGAAAUUUAUUUGCAAACCAAAAAGAAGGAAAUGCGACUCCUCGUUGCUUACAUUGGGAAGCAAAAGAGCCCGAAUACAAAGAGAUUAGUCAGGCAUUGAAGCUUACUCAUGGAAAAAUUGACGCACAUCAUAUCCUCCAUGCUUCUGAGUUAGAGAAGUGCCAACCAUACAUGAAGGAUUUUGAGUUAUUGAAUGAUAAAGUCGAUGACUUGAUUGAUACCUUUGUUAAAAAACUUAAGGUUUGCAGUCCUGUUUUGAGUGAAUACAAUAAGGAAGAAGAGAAGGUUGAUGUUUCAGAUGAUAAAAAAAUGUGCCCUUCAGCUUCAAAUGUCAAUCCAAAUCAGAAUUCGGGCAAUGUGAAAAAGUUAUGGGUUGAUUUGGAGAAGAAAAUGAACACUCGUUUUGAUGAGUUGAUGAAGCGACAAGAUGAAAUGGACUCCAAAUUGGACUUGGUGUUAUCAAUGAUGGUUCGUAGUUCUGGUUGUAAAUCUAAUCAACCUGAGUUUGAGUUGGAGGCUAAACAUAAUGGCCUAAAAGUUGAUGGUGGUGAGUGCGGAGAUGCAUAUAGCUAUGUCACUCCACCUACUUUUAAUGGUGAUGAUGUUGUUUGCAAUAACGAAAAUGAAGUUGAGGUCACAUCUCCUCAUCCUAGGCCAAUGAGAAAAAGGAAACGUGCUCCUGCCCUGAUGACACCAUAUACAGACCCAACAAAAAGGAGAAAAUUUAGAAAAGGUGAAGGGUUCAAAGUUGAUCCAUUUCGCAAGAUUGACGAGCACAAGGAAGAGGCUUUUAUGAAGUGGUUCAAUGAGAACAACACAAGCAUGUUAAUUAACUGUGGAACCGGCAGCUACCAAAGGAAAUACUUCGAACAGUUAUUUACCCCAGCAACAUGGCUGUCUACUGAUGUUAGUAUAAUUGUAUUUUAAUUUUACUUGUUCAAAUAUUAUAAAUGAAAAUUUUCUUACGCUACCCUUUAAAAUGAUAUUACUAAUGCAGCAUAUAGAUG